AUGGACAGGCAGCACACGACGUCGAUUUGUCCGCUGGCCUACGGGUCUCUUGCUGAGGCAGGAGCUGCAGUGGAUACUCAUCUACUAACACUGUGCCGUCCACAUUACAAGCCACCAACUGCCAUUUUGCCGGUGGCACAAUAUCUUUUGCCGUUGCCUCAAGACGGCACCCGUUGGGGAUCACUCAGGGAGGUCUGCGAUAUCCUCUUUACGCCCUCCAGUCCGUCUUUUCUCUUAGCGUGUACGUCUGAAGGCACUGUUCUUAGUUUCGACAUGAACCAUGGAGCCUUCGUUUCUGAAAUGCGGGUAACUGGGGAGCCUGGUGCGGUGCCCAAGAGCUAUGCUGCUUGCGUCCAUUUGAACCGGGACCCGAACACUCCUCUGCUUUUUUCCGGUUCCCCAAAUGGCGACGUUAUGGUAUUCGACUCACGUACAUCAGGUCUCAGCUCCAAGCUUUUUGGACAGAAGCUCUGCCCCACUCUUCGCCUUCCCUCCGCGCAUGAUGGUGCUCUUUGUGGGAUCGGGACUGGCGUGGCUCUUCAUCCGCAGUUAUUUCUCACCGGAGGCCGCGAUGACCGGUGGAUUCGGGUUUUUGACCUUCGAUUCCCAUUUCAUUACAGCUCUGGAGGUUCCGGCUGCGGAAGUAUAACCCCAUAUCCACUGGAAUCAAGGCGCUUAGGGCCGAGUGGGCCGGAUGGCGGGUGCCAGUCUGCGUUCACGGCGUUUGACGUGUCUCCGGAUGGGUCGUUGCUGGCAGCGUCUAUCGCGCGGUAUCGUGCUGUUGAGCACGCGGGAACUACUGGGGCUUUGGAAUCGGCUGAUGGCGAGACAAUACUCAUUAGCUUGCCGGACGGCAUGCGUGCUACCAAAACCAUCGCUUCCGCUGAUGGAUGUGUAGCGGAUUUCGUUCAAUUUUCUCCCAACGCCAAGUAUAUUUUGCAGACUGGUGGUGCAGGAGCAGCGCAUUGCAACCUUUGCUGGCAGUGCGCAUGCCGUUGUUUUUGUGGUUCCAGCGUUCCCCGACGACAGUUUAGUGCGCCGGGCAACAGCUGUAGCGGCUUCCAGCUUCGUACUCCUGCUCUCAAAGGAUUUAGAAGAAACUUUUUGACCGAACCACGGAGUGGCAGCACUGAAGAUGCACUUCUCAGGGACCGAGUCAUGCCCGGCCAGACACCGAGUGGUCGUCGAUGCGCUUAUCACCGGGCUCAGCUUGUGAACCUGGUGCAGUCAAACAGGGCUGUCAACCUAAAAAGUCCCGCUGACGGUGCCGCCGCUUUUGCUGACUCAUUCUGCCUAUCCCACUCUCCUCAACGGCAACAGCCUGAUGCAGACACUCAAUUGGAUCCGCCUGGAGAGGAGGAAGCUCCGGUGGAAUGCAUCCCACCUUCAGUGACACCGGCUGGGGAACAAACGCGCAGCUUUCUUCGUCUAUUGCACUUCACGCUUUAUGGCCCCCAAAGUGGCUACGGUCAGAGCUGCAGACAACGUUUCUGGGACCAUCUCUACAGGGUGCAGAGCUCAAAGGUUGUUGCGGCUGGAACUGAAGGCGUUGUUGCCAACGCAGUGUCGCAGCGCAUGCAUAGUGCUCAGCAGCAGCAAGGAAGAAGUUGUAGAGAACGGAAUCAGGCCUGUGUGAGCUCACCCGAGUAUGGCGUCUGUACUAAUUCGCCUACAGUUUCCAUGAGAGGAGCGGAAGCUCCCUCGACAACAGUUUCCGAGGCAAGAGGAGCUGCCGUCAAUGACGCACGAGCACCAACCAAGCCAUUAUUAUUUCCCCUUCUUCACCCACAGCUGUCUCAGUUCGCCUCAAGCUGCGGUCCGCUGCACCCCGCUUUUGUCCGUGCAGAGGCAGCUUCUUGGCCAUUCAAGUGUCGGUUGUGGGGAGGCCUUGUUGUGGGGUAUGGCGGCUCCACAGCAGAUCGGUGCGGCUGCCACCGGCUGUAUGAUGGACUGAAACUGUGGGACUCCACUACUGGUGUCGUACUGAGCUGGGCAGAAGGCGAAUUGGCGUCCGAGGACAGUUUGAGGUGUAUUGCGCCCGUUCCGGAUGUCAGCAGCAGCCUCCUCGUCACUGGAGGAUAUGUACCGUCUGAUCUUCGCAAGAUGCGGCAGUCUGCCCCAACAGCAGGCUUGACGUUUUGGUCCUUGCGUCGUCGGGACGAUCUGCUGUUGUCCGCCCUUCAAGGUUCGUUUUCGCUAGAGGUACAAUUAAACGACGAUCCCCCUGAAGGCGGCGGUGACUAG